UUCUGUGUUGUUGUUGUCACUAGCACCACUAGUGCUUGUUGAUACGUCGCGUUGAUCGGACGUGAGGUAUUUGUGUAAGAAUAAGUGCAUCGGUCAGUGCGGUUGUUUUUAAAAAAAAUAUUCGCCGAUAUGGUACUAAUAGAGCAGACGGAUUUACGGGCGGGGGAACUGAUAUACGGUGACAUGAUGGAAGACAAGUACAAGGAGUCACAGAUUCAGAAGCUCUUCAGCGGUGCUUCUGUGCUGCUCACUGGAGGCACCGGCUUCUUGGGGAAACUGCUGGUUGAGAAGCUACUGAGAUCGUGCCCUGACAUAAAGAAGCUGUAUCUCCUCACACGACCAAAGAAGAAUAAGGAAAUUAUAAAAAGGCUACAGGAACAAUUUGAUGACCCGCUUUACGACAAAUUGAGGAAAGUGUUGCCAGACUUUAUAGAAAAAAUUGGUAUAAUCGAAGGUGACGUGGGACAGAUUGGUUUGGGAAUUGGCGAAGAAGACAGGACGACGAUAACUAAAGAGGUUGACUUCAUUUUCCACGGUGCAGCGACUGUCCGUUUCGACGAGGCGCUGAAAACAGCAGUGGAGAUCAAUGUCCGGGGCACCAGAGAGAUGCUGCAUCUGGCUCGCUCCUGCACCAAACUACGAGCUUAUGUACACAUCUCGACCGCCUAUAGCAAUUGCCCUCUAAAAGAGAUAGACGAGAAAUUCUACGACGCAUUACUGGCCGGUGACAAGUUGAUAGACCUCGUGGAGAAUAUGGAUGUCAAAACAUUGGACAGCAUCACCCCAGGGUUGCUUGGGGAAUUCCCGAACACAUACGCCUACACCAAGUCAGCGGCUGAGGAUAUAGUGCAGAAAUACUCGAAGGGACUCCCCGUGGCUGUGUUUAGACCAUCUAUAGUGAUUGGAACAGCGAGGGAACCGCUUCAAGGAUGGAUCGACAAUGUUUACGGACCCACCGGUGUGGUGGUGGGUGCUGCAGUGGGUCUCAUGCACGCACUGCUGGGGAACCCCAAAGCCAUCGCCGACCUUGUGCCCGGUGACAUGGUGGUGAACGGCUGCAUAGCGGCCGCGUGGAAGACUGCUAAGGACUACCCCGGGAACUACGAGGAAGCUCCCGUGGAUCAGCUGCCGACGAUUUAUAAUUACGUUUCUUCAGAGCAAGCGCCUAUUUCUUGGAACCACUUUAUGAAAAGCAACGAGAUGCACGGUCUGCGAAUGCCCGCGAAUGCAGCGAUAUGGUCGUAUCUGUUCUUCCUGACGCCCUCCAAGUUCCUGUACAAACUCUACUGCUUCUUCCUGCACUGGGUGCCGGCGUACAUAGUGGACGCUGUCUUAGUUCUGAUUGGGAAGAAACCUAUGUUAAGAAAAGCUUAUAAGAAAAUAGAGAAAUUCUCCGGAGUCCUCGGAUAUUUCGCCCUCAGGGAGUGGAAGUUUCAUAACAAAAACACCAUAAAAUUACACCAAGAAUUGUGCGAAACAGACAAAGAUCUCUUCCACUUUGACCUCAGCACCUUAGAUUGGGACGAGUACUGUAGAGCUUACGUCAAAGGAGUAAGGAUUCACCUCCUGAAGGACCCUCUCGAUACCAUACCGCAAGGUAGAAGGAAACAAUUCAGACUGAAGCUGUUACACUAUUUCUUUAUUAGUGUCAUUUGCUUCGCUUUAAUAAAAUUAUUUAUUUUCUUAAUAAGAAUGCUAUUAGGUUAAAUUUUAGUUAACGAUUCUAUUAUUAUAAUUGUUAUCAUUAAGUUUGUUAGACUGUGUUUUUAUUGAUACUCGGGUAUGUUUGUAAUAGUAAGCAAAUAGAUAUGUGUAUUUGUAGUAGUAUUAUGUGAUAUUUUAUAUGAACAAUAUCCAAUUCCUCAUCAUUCAUUUGUUACAUAAAACCAAAUUCGACGUGCACUGUUUACCAAAAAACAAAUUAAAUGAGGGUAUGAAUCGUUUUUCAUUUCACACCUAAUAAUAUUAUAAUUAAUAAAAGCUUCGACCAACAUUAUAUGAAGCUCUCGUUUAACUGUUGGAUCAAGGGUCGGACACAGAAAGCAUUCUUGAGACAAUGCGUAUUGUGAGGAAGUUCCUCACACUAGAGCCCUGACCACCGGUUGCUUUGGGUUGGGUUGGUUGACCCGCAGCGGGAGAAUUGAAAUUUUUAAUAGUGUUAUGUAUUAUAUUAUUAAUUUAUAACAAUGGUAAAAAUUAAAAAAAGAACAUAAAUAAAUAAAUGAGAGACUAUUAUAGUUAACUUGUACUUAAAUUAAUGAGAAUAAAUGUGAUUAAUAAGCUUAAAACAAAUUAGAUAUUGUUAAGUAAUAUCUUUGGAAUUAUAACAUUUUAUCACCAUUUAAUGAAAAAAAAAUGAUGCAUAAUUUAAAUGAGUUAUGAAAUGGCAUGCGAUUUUUACUUUAAUUUCUAAUUUGUUUGUUGUUAAACAGUGCACAACGAGUAUAUCAAGCCAACGAAAAAUAAGUUUCACAAAUGAAAAAUCUCAAUAACCUGGAUAUUUCGCGGGUAGUUUUAAUUUCUUGGAAAAUUUUCAUAAGCGUUACACCCCCUCUUGCCUCGGAGAUCACGUUAUCUCAAUAUCAUUUAAUACUGAGACUUUUGAGAUUACAAAGUCAAACAUUUUAACCUUAAUACCCGGAUUGAAGCAGUAUGGUGGGUCUAAGAUCAAAAUCUCUACUAGAAAGAGGGAGGCCUGUGAACUCGUUAGGUAUAAAGUAAGACAAUAAACAAGUUGAUAAUGAUGACGAUUCAUUUCCAUAUUAUUAAAAUUAGCCGCAUUUAUCGUAUUUUUUUGGGUUGUUUUAAUUAAAUUUAGUAGGUCAUGUAAUUAUUGGUAUUAUAAUGAAUAACAUUGCAAAACAAUUGUCUUACAAGCUAAUUACUUCGAUAAUGUAUGUAGGUAGAAGACGAGUAUUAAGUAGGCAUCUACUAUACCUAUUUAAGUAAAUUCGAUAUUCAAGUUAACCUGUAGGUACUCAGUGGCGUAACUAGGUAUGGGCGAAGCGGACGGCCACUCACAGUUUUACGCCAAAGGGGGCCUCUCGCACCUUGCGGGGUAAUUUUGACUAAAGAAAGACUGAUCACAUCAAUUAGACGUUAGGUCUAAUUGAUGUGAUCAGUUAUGAAAAUUGCGCAAAUUGUCAAUAAUUAUCUUCAUGAUUGUAGUGACUAUUCUUAAUAUCCUCGUACAGUAUUUGCCAUUCUGUAAUUUAAUUUUGACUGAAGAAACGUCACGACUGACCACAUCAAUUAAUUGAUGUGAUCCAUUUUCUGACUGGAUUAACUUCUUUGUGUUAUAUCCCCGCAAGCUAAACUAUUAUUAUCACCCACUCUACGUCUGUUCUGACAAAUUAAUUGUGAGAGGAAUGGAAAUAUUGGUCAUAUUUAAAAAGUUAAGUACGGCAAAUAAAAAAGUUAUUUAAUACAAUUUAGUUUAUACAUUGCGUGCUCAAAUCGUGUUUAGUUAGAUGCAAUUUUGUAUAGGAUGUUUUAAUUAAAUGAAAAUAAUAAAACUAUGUACCUAAUUUAA